AUGUCCUCCGCCCAAGACGAAUUCAACCAACUCUUCAGCAAUCGCGAGAAAUCAUCCGCUCAUCCUGAAGACCGCAACAAUCCCUCUGAUCGCGACUCCUCUUCCGACCUAGAAGACCUCGACAACGUCCACCUCUCCGACGACGACGAAGCCAUGGCAGCCAUGGCCUCUCGUUCCGGUUCCUACACUGUCCCCAACACCAAAUUCGACGCCAACACAGGGCCUAAGGGUGUCAUUGCUGAUGCCCAAGCCUUUGAGCGUGCCCGCAGAAGCAACUUCCGCAAGUCGUUCGUCUCUGGUACCUCGAUGGCCGACCGCUCACACCACUACUCCUCCUCCAAGUCCUCCACUGAUGCCACUCUCCUCCACAACUCCCCGCCGCCUGAUGGCUCAGCGAGCGAUCCCGACGAGGCAGACGAGGACAAGUUCAUGCGCCGGUGGCGUCAAUCACGUAUGCAGCAGCUGCAGAGCCAGAAGGCCCGGCGGCCCAGCCCCUGGCGGAAAUACUAUGGGACCGUGGACACAGUCGAUGCGGUGGGCUAUUUGGAUGCAAUUGAGAAGGUGCCGUCCGACCAAAUUGUGGUGGUUUGUCUGUAUGAUCCUGAGUCAAACACCAGUGCCCUGGUUGAAGACUGCCUGCACACAAUUGCCUCCCGCCAGCCAAAGGUCCGAUUCAUUAAGCUGCAUCACGAAAUUGCAGAAAUGGACAACAUCAAACCCCCUGCGCUACUGGCGUACCGAGACGGGGAUGUCUUCGCAACAAUUGUUGACAUCCUGCGGCAGAUCCCGAAGGGUCGAAGCUGCAGCGCAGAUAGUCUAGAGGAUGUUCUCAAAUCGUACCGAGUGGUAUAG